AUGGCGGUGAAGUUUUUGUCAUUGGCGUGUAUACGAAACGAGAGUAGGCAUGGAGACUUGUCGCCGAGGCCACACUACCCAUCAAUGCCCAAGUACCCAAAAGGCUUGUCGUCGGAUCAAGAGAAGAAUAUGGAAGGAUCGGAGGCCAUAGCUUUGUUUUCCGUCAUCGGAAUGACGUGCUCCGCGUGCGCUGGGUCGGUGGAGAAGGCGGUGAAGCGGCUCCCCGGAAUCAUAGAGGCGGCUGUUGAUGUUCUCAAUAAUCGAGCUCAAGUCACGUUCUACUCCACCUUCGUUAACGAGGAAACAAUCCGCGAGACCAUUGAAGAUGUGGGAUUUCAGGCCACUUUGAUUAAAGAAGAGAUGAAUGAAAAAGCCACCCAAGUCUGCCGGAUCUGCAUAAAAGGAAUGACCUGCACCUCUUGCUCCACAACUGUUGAAUCUGCUUUGCAGGUCAUACCUGGUGUACAAAAGGCCCAAGUUGCAUUAGCAACUGAAGAGGCCGAAGUGCAUUAUGAUCCAAAAAUCGUGAGCUACAAUCAGUUUUUACAAACCAUAGAAGAUACUGGAUUUGAAGGCAUACUGAUCAGUACGGGGGAAGAUAGGAGCAAAAUCCAGCUAAAAAUUGAUGGAGUACGAACUGACAAUUCAAUGAGAAUGAUUGAAAAUUCCCUACAAGCACUCCCAGGGGUCCAAAAUAUAGAUCUAGAUAUUGGGCUACAGAAAUUUUCCCUUUCUUACAAACCAGAUUUGACAGGACCUAGAAAUUUUAUUAGAGUAAUUGAGUCAACUGGGUCAGGCCGUUACAAGGCGGUGAUAUUUCCUGAAGGAGGAGGAAGAGAUGUCCAUAGACAGGAGGAAAUUAAACAAUACUAUAGAUCCUUCCUAUGGAGUUUGGUUUUUACAAUUCCAGUAUUCUUAACCUCCAUGGUUCUUAUGUAUAUCCCUGGAAUUAAGCAUGGAUUGGAUACCAAAGUGGUCAAUAUGCUGACUAUUGGAGAGCUUUUGAGGUGGAUACUAUCUACUCCAGUGCAGUUCAUCAUUGGCCGACGAUUCUACACUGGUUCUUACAAAGCAUUGCGACAUGGCUCUGCAAAUAUGGACGUCUUGAUCGCCUUGGGAACAAAUGCAGCCUACUUCUAUUCGGUCUACUCUGUGUUGAGAGCUGCUAGUUCUCCAACUUUUAAGGCCACUGAUUUUUUUGAGACUAGCUCAAUGCUCAUUUCAUUCAUUCUGCUGGGCAAGUAUCUGGAGGUUUUGGCCAAGGGGAAAACAUCUGAGGCCAUUGCCAAGCUUAUGGAUUUAGCUCCUGGGACAGCAACUUUGCUAACCCUUGACGAUGAAGGCAAUGUCAUAAACGAGGAGGAAAUAGAUAGUCGUUUGAUACAAAAGAAUGAUAUUAUUAAAAUCAUUCCUGGGGCAAAAGUAGCUUCAGAUGGUUUUGUCAUUUGGGGACAAAGCUAUGUGAAUGAGAGCAUGAUAACAGGAGAGUCUCGACCUGUGGCAAAGAGGAAGGGCGACACGGUGAUUGGAGGAACUGUGAAUGAUAAUGGGGUCUUACAUAUUAAGGCCACACGGGUUGGGUCGGAGAGUGCUCUUUCACAGAUUGUUCGACUAGUUGAAUCUGCACAAAUGGCUAAAGCUCCUGUGCAGAAAUUUGCUGACCGUAUUUCCAAAUUCUUUGUGCCACUCGUUAUAUUUCUCUCCUUUUCCACUUGGCUUGCCUGGUUUUUAUCUGGAAAGUUGAAUGGUUAUCCGAAAUCUUGGAUACCUUCUUCCAUGGAUAGCUUUCAGCUUGCACUCCAGUUUGGCAUCUCUGUCAUGGUCAUAGCCUGUCCAUGCGCGCUUGGCCUUGCAACUCCCACUGCUGUUAUGGUUGGUACGGGUGUUGGUGCUUCUCAAGGUAUCCUGAUCAAAGGGGGUCAGGCACUAGAAAGUGCACAUAAGGUCAAUUGCAUUGUGUUUGAUAAGACUGGGACCCUCACUAUAGGCAAGCCAGUGGUAGUGAACACGAGGCUUUUGAAAAAUAUGGUGCUUCGAGACUUUUAUGAACUUGCUGCUGCUGCUGAGGCUAACAGUGAGCACCCCUUAGCUAAGGCCAUUGUUGAGUAUGCCAAGAAAUUUAGAGAAGACGGAGAGAAUCUUGUCUGGCCAGAAGCUCGAGACUUUGAUUCCAUAACUGGCCACGGGGUGAAAGCUGUUGUUCGGAACAAGGAGAUAAUUGUGGGAAACAAGAGCUUGAUGUUGGAUCAAAAAAUUACCAUUCCAGUUGAUGCUGAAGAAAUACUAGCUGAAACUGAAGGUUUGGCUCAAACUGGGAUUCUUGUAGCUAUGGAUGGGGAAGUGGUUGGAGUUCUAGCCAUAUCUGAUCCAUUGAAGCCUAGUGCGCAUGAAGUCAUUUCCAUCCUUAAGUCUAUGAAUGUCGAGAGUAUAAUGGUGACAGGUGACAACUGGGGAACUGCAAAUUCCAUUGCCAAGGAAGUUGGAAUUGACACUGUUAUUGCAGAAGCCAAACCUGAGCAUAAAGCCAAGAAAGUGAAGGAACUACAGGCUUCAGGCUGUACCGUGGCAAUGGUAGGGGAUGGGAUCAAUGACUCACCAGCACUUGUGGCUGCAGACGUUGGCAUGGCAAUUGGUGCGGGCACAGACAUUGCCAUUGAGGCAGCUGACAUUGUUCUCAUGAAGAGCAAUUUGGAGGAUGUGAUAACUGCUAUAGACCUAUCCAGGAAAACCUUUUCCCGAAUCCGACUGAAUUACAUUUGGGCAUUGGGAUAUAAUCUCCUUGGGAUCCCGAUCGCUGCAGGGGCCCUUUUCCCAUCCACCGGAUUCCGGUUACCCCCAUGGAUUGCCGGAGCUGCUAUGGCAGCAUCUUCAGUGAGUGUUGUUUGCUGCUCUCUCUUGUUGAAAUAUUACAGGAGACCCAAAAAGCUGGACACACUUGAGAUAGGAGGAAUAACUGUUGAGUGAUGAUGAUGGUGGUGAAAUAUGCCUAUUUGUGUAUAGCUUUGCAGGACUAGAAUUGGCUUGGCAAUAAGUUUAGACUGUUCAGUAAAUAGGUUGAUGAAGUAUAAAAUGUUCAUAACGGUUGCUUGCUAUGCCUUGUACACAUAAUCGUUAUCAAUUGUGCUAGUAGGAUCCAUAUAAAGUAAG